AUGCAUGUCAAAAGAGCAUACACCCAAGCCGGCUGCGACGGGCACCUGAAGUCCACCAUCAAUUAUGGUGACGGAGCCGGUCUGAAAGCUCGCAUCGUCGCACAUUUUCGCUUUGAUCGAGUCAAUCUCGCUGAACCGGCAUCCGCUCAACAGGUUGUUCAAAGAUGUCAGGAUACGUUCGCCGGGAAGAUCGACAGCCUCCUCAACAUAGCAGGGGUAAUGGAUACAAACGAUAGUGUCAACAGCAUGAGCGAGGCUAACUGGGACAAAAUACUUGCAAUCAAUCUGACUGCACCAGCAUUGCUUUCCAAAUAUGUCACCAAAGUGUUUUUGAAGCAGAGAAGCGGCUCAAUAGUGAACAUUUCGAGCAAGGCAGGUACGAGCGGGGCUGCCGCAGGGGCUGCAUAUACCGUAAGCAAACACGGAAUAGUUGGGCUGACAAAGAACAUUGCAUGGCGCUUCCACAACGAAGGUAUUCGAUGCAACGCCAUCUGUCCCGGAGGCGUCGCAACAAAUAUCACAAAAUCCAUUGACGUGUCCAAGAUCGAUAAGGAGGCAACCAAACUCAUAGAGCCUGUGGUGAGACUACAUCAAGAUGGCUUCAUGAACAAUGCGGCUGCUCCCAAUUGCAUCUCUAAUUUGAUGGCGUUCCUUGUCUCUGACGCAGCGUCCGGAAUUAAUGGCGCCAUCAUCCCAGCGGACAAUGCCUGGAGUUGCAUAUGA